ACUGUUUCGUUUAAAAUCUUUUUGAUCCACUUUGAUACCCCAAAGCCGAGACAUCUACUAAGCAACGUAGAUCUCGCACUGGUGUCGCAGUACUAACGGUACUAAGAAAAUAACGCACAGAAGUGGUUAAGGGAGUGCCAUUAAAAAAAAAAAAAAUCCUGCCGGUGAAGUGUUCACCACAUUCAGACUGUGAACAAUAGUCGUCUCCCAUUUUAAGUACUUGUUCCGUGUCGCCCAAGCAUCGAUUGCAAUUACCGAGGCCAGGCGUUCAGACCUCCAUAACCGGUGUGGCCGUUACAGGAAGUCAAUGGCGACACAAUCUAUCAAGUCCCUGACGCCAGGACAGUGCAGGAUCUGCAAGGGCACGAAAACACAAUCAGGGUGGGCGGGUGGAGUGAAGCGCGUGUGCAGGGGGCGCCACAUGCACGGGUGCUGUAGGUCGAUACCCGACACCCGAGGACGAAGGUGGGUGAAGGGCUCGGAAUCCAUUCUUGUUGAUUCCAAAGGACGUUUGUCUUCGAACAAAACUCCUGUUUAACGAGGAAUCGCCGUGUGUCUCUGAUCAGAAGAAGACAGGGCUUUCUUCUCGCUGAUGAGGCGUACGCUUUUUUUCUCCUGACAGCAAAUUGCAGAGAGACAGCAGGUCAUGGACUUCGUAGACAUUGGGUGUGUGACAGUGAAUCCUGAGGAAUUGAAACGAACUGCUCUCUAGAGGCUUCGUCGAUCCCGAUCUCAGUAACCAUGGUGAGAGUAGACGAACUUAUUGAAGCCAUCACCUACAAUUUCCCGACUAAGCGACAGAAGGUGUGAAGACUGGAGUGUUGAGACUUUUCUGGUUGAAUAACAUCUGUUACGAUGACGAGAAUUGCAAGAACCAGUCCCUUGGACCUCCGACUGUUGCGCAGAACACAGAGACGAGUGGCGGCUCUCUUGCAGAUCACGGAUUUAUGCGUUCACGGCAAGAGGAAACAACGGGGAGGUUCCGACUGCGCUCUUUGCGCCCAGUCUGGUAGACGAGGCAAAGGAAAGAAAAACUGUCAUUACGUGUUUCUGGCAGGGGCAAAGAACUCUUCGAGACUUUCUCCCUUCAGUCACAAUCCAAAGAUUUUAGAUAAUGACGACGACGGUGAUGUUGACCAUAAGUACGACGAUGAUGACAUGACAGUGUUGGGCGGCAUGUUUGAGACAGCUAUCGUUCGACAAUUUGAUGAUGACGACCCGCGACUAUUUAAGCUACCACCUGUCUUCAACGGACAGGACCCAACCCAGUAUAAAGGAGGCAGAAUCCUUCCUCUGAUCAGCGAAAACACUUAUCUCACGACCAACCGACGCGCGAUACACAAAAUGGGUGACCAGAGAGAAGAAACUACCGAAGGUGUCCGAUUUCCUCCCCUGUCCAGCCAGCAGAUGACGAAAGACGACAAAGGCAGACUCGCAGAUCCUCGGCGACUCGGUUCCGAAAGAAAGGACAAGAGGGAGCAGCUUCUGCAGCACGACCUCAACGACAGGUCGGGGUCGGCGCUGGAUCACGCUGACCUCGGAAACUCACGAGGGAGAGAGGGGCAAUUCUUGGUGUCGCGGGAAUCGACAGACUCUCCUCCUCAACGUAUGAUCGUAAGCAUCAAGAUCAAGUCUGGAGAAGUACUGCAGAUCAGCUCCAUGGACAACCUCGUCGAUUUCGACGACGCCAAAGAAAACCAACUCGACAGGGAAAAGAUGAAAAAGCAAAGGAAGGGAAGGAGAGGAAUCCAAAGCCCCUCGAGCUUCUCAGGGUUGACAACUUUUUCCACGGAAGCGGCUCUCUACGAGGCUGACUCUCCCGACCAGACAUUCCUCUCUCGAGUGCGAUCUGCCAGCUGGUGCCAGUGCUCUGAUCACGCCAUGGUCAGCGCACACUGUCCGGAGUGCCGGAAGACGUCCGGCAAUCACGAAAAAUGGUGCAUGUCCCGUAACUCCCUAUGUGCCAGCUGCGGCAAACCUUUCAAACGGAAGUACCCGCAUCUAGAGAGGAAAUCUCCUUCGUCAACAACUUUGACCAUCGACUCAUUCACCUCAACUGCUGACGUGGAGACAACUCCGGCUCGGAACAGUAUGCGAGUUACAGAUGACGGGAACAUGGUGUCUUCCGAUUGGCAUGAUUCGGGAUUCGAAGACUCUGGAGAAGCUAGAAAUCGUCCUUCAAAGCGGAAGACCACAUCCCACGUUCGCGUUUCCAAAAGUAAAGAGCGCGAAGAGAAGCUCAACAGCUUGACCUCAACCUCCAUCGACGCCGACGUUCAUAGACGAGCGUACGAUCUUGCAGUCUCGUACGCACACACCAAACGGUUCAUGCAGCAACAUAAGAGUUUCUCAGUGAGCGACAUCGCGCCCACGGGAGUGUGCUUUUCUUACUUUCCCUUGCUAAAAACUAAGCGCCCUCGCGCGUCCGAGAACGAAGGGGAGGCAGACAUCUUUCCGCAUUUCUUUGGUGUGAGAGCAGACGAAAGGGAAGGGAAGAAAGUAAAGGUUAAGAAAGGACUGAAGCACGUACUCGGAAACACGAACCUUGAGGAUUUCUACCCUGGUGGUAAAAACUAUCCCAAGUCUUAGGAAUAUCACUCUAAGAAAAACGUUUGAUUACCAAGGGGGAGGUAAAGGGUAUCAUAAAUUGUUUGUAUGUCGCUAAAAAGGACAAAUAUAUCGAGAAGUUACAUUCCUAUGUCUAUGUCUUGUGGUUGAUCACACUGUUGUGUACGAAUGUGGAAAGAGACGUUAGAGUUGUUUUUUGUUGUUGAAAAAAAUCUCAAGUACUCAUUAACAUGUACACAUUAGAUAAGAAAUGCAUGGGUUGUAAAAAAUUAAUUUGAUUUAAAUAUUAAAUAUUAAUGUACGAAAUGUUUUUACAGUGAUGAAACUGUUAGCGUGUUGUAUUGAAGCUGAAUAUUGCUGUGAUGGAUUCGAGUAAGGUAUUUUAAAAUUUCAUUUAUUCCAUUUUAUUUGCUCCUCUGUCUUCUUUCCUUUCAUUUUUUUGAGCAAACAUACACACGCAUUAAAAAAAGAGAAAACAAAAGAAUGAGGAAGAACGUUUACAAGAGUUGGACAACUCUGGUGUUGUCGGCAUGGAUCACAAAA